AUGGGACAAUCAAAAAAAAGUAAGGUUGCAAAGAUAGCUGAAUUGGUCAGUUUAGAACCAGAAACGCUUUUUGUGGUAUUAAACAGAUUUCUGUUUUGCUGUGCGUGUAGAACUGACAUUAAAUCCCUUACAUCAAGGGAUGUCAGGCGACACAUUGGGUCAAUAUUACAUAAAAAUAAUGUUUUAUGUACUAGACUCAAUGUGUUAUCUACAAAAACUUAUCAAAACGAUAGGUUGGUCGCGAAAACUGUUACAAAAGGUUUUCUAGAAGCUGAUAUUCCUCUCUACAAGCUUCGAAUAGAGUCGAUCAAACGUAUGUUUGACGAUCUGAACGUUGGAGCUCCCAGCGAGUCGGUUUGUAGGCGCAUGGUUGCUGAUAUUGCAACUGAUCAGAAAUCGCUUAACAGGACGCAAAUAUCAAACCAGCAGGUCUAUGUAAUAAUAGAUGAGACUGAAAAGAAGAAGCAUAAGAUAUUUAAUGUCAUAUGUGGUUUGAUUAUGCGUCCUGAUAAACGAUUUCUGAUUGCAUCACGAGCUAUCACAGGUUCGGCAUGCGCAGAGAUGCUAAACAGCGUAAUACUUCAGGUAUUUGCUGAAUAUGGUUUGCGACAUGAGCAGCUUUGCCUGUUGAUCACUGAUGGUGCCUCCUAG